CCUCAUUUUGUCUCUUGCUCAAACCACCUUCACCCUCUCCAUAUUCUAUAAGACUCUCCAUUUCUCAUCAUAGAAUUAUUAAUUCCUUUGUUACAACAAAUUAGUUAAGUCCAUAUCUCCCCGUUUACCAUGGACUUAAACUACCCAGAAGAGUGCUACUCCAAGAGCUCCUGCGAAGAAACCAACGAUGAUAUGGGAAUUGGAAGAUCCUAUGAGUGCAUCUUUUGCAAGAGAGGCUUCACCACAGCACAAGCCUUAGGUGGACACAUGAACAUACACAGAAAAGAAAGAGCCAACAAGACCAAAGCCAGUUUCUCUUCUCAUCCUUCAAGUUCAAACAACGUUGAUGGCAUCAACAACUAUGCAGAUCUCGGGUUCUAUUCACAGAUUCCAAGCCUCUCCACUGCUCCUGAUGCUAAUAGCUACCGUGAAGUUUUCUUUCCUACCGCUGCACCAAGUGUUAUUAGGCCUUCUUCCCAUGAGGUUUUGUGUGUAGAAAACCAACGGGGUCAUCACGUUUUUGAGCAAGAUUGGAGGAAGAGAAAUUUGAGCUUGUACAGUAAUCCGUUGGGUUUUCAUGAAAUUAAAGAUAAGUUUGAAGAGAGUGAAGACAAUGGCCUGGAUUUGGAGCUGAGGCUUGGUCAUCAUCCAUAGCAUGCAUAUGCAUAUCAUGCUAUAUAUAUAUAUAUAUAUAUCAAGCAUAUAUAUAGAUAUAUAUAUAUAUAUAUAUAUAUAUAUAUAUAUAUAUAUAUAUAUAUAUAUAUAUAUAUAGAUGGGAGCACGUAGUCACGAGAGAGAAACUAAUUUUGACCAUAUAAUUAGAUUAUAUGAUCAAGUUAAUUCCUUACUUCACACACUUCCAUUUUGAUAUAUAUAUAUAUAUAUAUAUAUAUAUAUGUGCGCGCUUUUUGAGCUCUAUCUUAUGACAAUUGUAUAGAGAUGGCUUGAAGCAGCAGGAAAUCAAAGCUCAUGUGGGGCUUCUUCUAGUGAAAGGUACCCAGGAUUCUUAUGAGGAAGUUACUACUCAAAUAAUUUAUCUCAUGAAAAUAAUGUCUAGCACUGAAUCUCACUACCCAUGAUUUACACCAGAAGUACUACUGAAGUUACUAAUUAUGUGAAUGUUUCUUUUGGUACUCAUUUUUGUUCAGUUUUUUGGUACGCAGCUCCUUGCUUGUUACAAUAAAAAUUAGGUAAUUAUUUA